AUGUCUUCCUCCACAAUCUCUACAAUUCCUGCGAGUGGUGGCGCCUCCCAAAAUCCAGAAGCUCCGCCCGAUGUUGAAGCGCAGCACCAGAGAGUCCGCCGCGUCGCUGAGGUCUUAGCACGCCUCUGGCUAUCAUACUGCCACAUUUACUACCCUGUAGAGGCAGUCAUCUCCCGUGAUAAGUAUAGUUUCUAUGAAGGAAGCUAUUUCUACGAUCAAGAUUUCCCAAUGUGGAACAUUGUUCGCCAGGCCAGCGGCGCCACACCAACACCCGCGUUCAGAUACGACAAAGAUCUCAUCAAUGGCGCAGCCCUCUAUAACACGUGUGUCUCGUCAAAUUGGAUGCUGUAUAGUGUAUUGAAGCAGCAAUUGCACAGUGAGAUAUCGUUCCCCUUUGAUAGCGAAUUGCUCAAGACAUUAUAUACUAAUCACAGCUGCUGCGCGUUAGGCAUUGGCCUGGGUAGCCUCAUGUGGAGAACCGCGUAUAUAAAUCCAAAGAGGGUGUACUUUGACGAAGGGGAUCACGACGAACAGACCCCAAUACAAUUUGCCCACGACUUCUUGGAGGUCAAGUUCGAAGAGCCCGAUACCCCCCCUCUGGUCGUAGACUUCUCUAGCCGUCAAUUUGGUAUACCCAGCUGCGUUUACACCCUAGAUGAAUAUUGCAAGCAGUUUGUCGACCUAAAGAAAAACGAGAUAAGAACCCGAAAUCUCGAUAUAGAGCUGGCAGAGUCUCCAGAAAGCAUAAAGGAUCGACAGAUGAGGCAAUACAUUCAAGGAUUAACGACGGAAGAAAUUGAGGAGUUGGCCGAAGCCAUGGAGAAGGAUGAGGGAUUUCAGUUCCCGUGGAAGGCUGCCUCAAUGCUGGAGAAGGAGAUUGAACAACUCGUGAAGUUUACUGUACCUCUCUGGCACCAGUUCUGCGAAGCCGUUGAUGCCAUCAAACCGAUGAGUACGCCCCGUCUUCUGGCGCCCAAGCCUGAAUGGCCCGAUGAUCGCCAGCGUAUACCGAUAUUCAUGGUGGGAGACGAACAGGAGGAUAUAGAGCCUUCAACAGAUGCCGGUGUUCUCUAUGGCGGUGCGGUGUAUAACACCUGCAGUACUGCGUGCCUCGCACUUUUCCAGCGGCUGCACAAAGAACUGAACCGCAAGUAUCACAUUCGAGUUCUACGCUAUUGA